GUAAACGCUGCGCCUGUCUGUAAUUGAGUAUUGCGUAGGUAGGUAGGUACCUACAUACUCUGUUACAAUGUUAAAAAUAAACACAAAAUUUGCUUGUGUAUCAAUGAGCUAAAGAGUAUAAUAUUCUUAAAAGUGUGGAAAUAAAAUGAAAGAAUCACACAAAUUUCAUUUACUGAUACCAUUGUGCUUAACGAAGUAAGCCAAGUCUUAUCUCUGUUGGCGUCCUCUUAGUUUUAUGAUUCAAGUUCACGAUGGCAACAGUGGAAGAUAUAGUUAAAGUGGCCGUGGUGACCAAUCGUACACCAAAUAAUGUAAGGUGUACUAGCACACUUACUGCAGAAGAAUUGUGUAUAAUAUUGUGUAAGAAAUACAACAUACCUCCUCUAACUCGUACAUUAUUUGCAUUACGAGUUAAGGGUACUGAUUAUUUCCUCAAGGAUAACUGUAAGGUCCUCUCGGGCUCUAGGGACUAUGAACUGAGGAUUCGUUUCAAGGUUAGUCAGACGAAGCUUGUAAUUUUCAUAUUAGUAUUGUAAAAAAUCCACUUUGAUUCAUUGAGUGCUUGAGUAUGUUAAUUGCCGCUAAUCUUUUUUUAGCUUAUAGAUAGAUAAGACUUGAUUUAAAUGUUACAAGUAAAAAAAAUUAGAAGUAAACUUUAAAAACCUUUAAAAUAUUAAAUAGUGUUUACAAUUAACAGCUCUGUCGCUUAUAGCAAUCUCUUCCAGGCAACACUAUAGGGCACAAAUAACCCCCAAUAGAUUCCACAUGCAGGGCCACAAAUGUUCACAGCACAUUAGUGAUUUAGCUAGUAUAUGAAGUGACACUAAGAAUCACGACAUCAGUGUUGACCAAGUUUAAGACCCGUAAGCACGCCGAGUUCUUUCCAAUAUUUAAAGAUAGUUUUAAAUUCAAAUAAUAUUAUAAAUGUGCUUCCUGUGCAAUAAAAUGGUUUGGCAAGUCAUCUAAGACAUCUGGUUAUCAAAAAGAUGCCAUAACAUUUCAUCGGUGCCAAGGUUAAGUCUUCUUAUAACAUUGGAUGAGACCACAUAUGAUUAUUAUUUCCAACAAGCAAGGAAUGACGUCAAUGAAAAUAAAAUACCUGAGAUUAAGUAUCCUGAACAUAAGCAAGAAUUACUCGGACUGGGGAUCACAGAUAUGACCCGUGCAAUAGCUGAAGAGAGAUUACCACUGAAUGAUGUUAUUCGAAAUUACAAAAAAUAUAUUCCUAAAGAGAUUGCUAAAAGACAUGGACCAUUUCCUAAAAAGUAUGCCAUUGAUUAUCUACCGCAAUUGUCUUCGGUCGGUCAUAAUGUGAAUUACGUGAAGAAUUUGUACUUACAACAGUUAUACGCGUUAGCACCAAAUUACCUCGCUGAGGAGUACGAUAAUGUUCUGUGGCAAAACGGCAGUGAGAUGACGCCAGUGCGGGUGAUGGUGGCACCUUUUCAUCCGCACCAUCCUGGAAUACGACUUUACAACACUCUGAAACGUGAAUGGUUCCAUGUGUGCUCCGUCGAGGAGUUGAUAUAUCUGACAAGGAACGGUGAUAGUUCAGUGGAAGUGUCAAGAAGAGGCACUCCUGUGUUUCUCAAGUUCAAGUCCGAGGAUCAGCUUUCGUCUUUUAUUUCUGUCUGUGAUGGAUAUUAUAGGUUGACCGUAAAAUGGACAUUCAAUCUCUCGAAAGACGAUGAGACGCCUUCACUUAAAGAAUUGCAAAGGAUCAAAUGUCAUGGACCUGUUGGCGGUGCUUUCUCGUAUCGGAAGUUGGAGGAGAAACGCGGAAAGAAACACGGGUGUUAUAUACUGAGGCAAUGCCAGGACGAAUAUAACGUGUAUUAUUUGGACGUUUGUACGAAAACAAGCACAACAGAAACGUACAGAAUAGAAUUCAAAGGUCACUGCUACAUAUUCAGCACUGAAGAGUACUUUAGCAUUGAACGGUUGGUCAGUUGCCAUCAAAAUCCCGAAGGAAGAAUAUACCUCAACGAAUGCAUACCUCCCUCUGAGUAUGACAAAUCUCAGUUGCUUUUGUGCGGGGAACCGGUGAAGAGGGGUGUCCGCAUCGACCAGGCAGAAUUACAGGAGAUUCUGAGGGACAACAAGAGUCCCAGGUGCUUGCCUAACAAAGACAUUUUAUUGUAUACAGGCUCCGAGAAAACGGGCUCAGAGAAUAUAACGGCGACAUACAAAGCUCUGUGGAGGCUAGAUGAGACAAAGAAAUUGUUAGUUGCGUUCAAGACACUGCAACGGGAGAGGGCCAAUGACUAUUUAAAGGACUUUGUAGAUCUCGCAAGCAAAUGGGCGUGCAUACAGUCUAGUUCUAUAGUUAGGCUGUAUGGAGUGACUUUGAGUUCCCCGACAGCAAUGGUAUUGGAAUAUCUACCGUACGGACCGUUUGAUGAUUAUCUGAGAGAAAACGGCGACCGUAUAACGCCACUGCACUUAAAGAAGGUAGCUGCUGGUCUGGCGAGGGCGCUGUGGGACCUGUCGGAGGCGGGCGUGGUGCACGGCUACAUCAGGUGCCGGAAGCUGCUGCUGGCCGUGCUCGACGCGGACCGUAUUCAAGUCAAGCUAUCCGGCCCCACUCUGAGACAAUACACGCAGCAGGAUGUACAUUGGAUGCCUGUAGAAUUUUUCGCAGACAUGAACUUAGCGAAGAGAUCGGUCAUUGGAGACAUUUGGGCUUUCGCUACAACGCUCUGGGAAGUAUUCUCGUACGGACAAUUGCCAACUGAAACCAACCCCGUUUUGACAGUUAGGAGCUACGAGAUGGGCGACCGCCUGCUGCGGCCGGUCCGGUGCCCGGCGGAGGUGUGGGCGCUGGUGCGGCAGUGCUGGCACGCCGACCCGCUCCGUCCGCAGGAGAUCAUGCGGGACAUGAACCACAUGCUGUAUAGAGAAUAUGUUCCUGUACAUCAAUAUGAAGAACCUAAGAUAUCUCUUGAUCACAUAGAGCACGCAGAAACUGUGUCGAGUGAUCGUUUUAUUCCGAGCGAACUGAGUGACGCGGGAAGCAACAAAUCUCUUAUAUCGGACAACAGCGUUCCCUCUAUGAAUGGCACUAUGUCUGAUCAGUAUGACAAUCCCUUCGCAGACAACAAAAGUUCGAACUCGCUGGACAGCAUGGCGGCCCUGAUGUACGGGCUCCCCAACGAGGUGUCGUCGGCGCGUAGCACGAGCAGCGCGGGCGGCGCCGCCACGCUGGGGCUCGACGACGCGCUGCACGACUGCGACGCCUGGGCCUCCCCCAGGCUCAUGGAGUCCAUCGUCUCGCAGGGGAAGACCUACCUCGUCACCUUGACCAAGAAGAUCGGAAGCGGAAAUUACGGUCACGUAUUCAAAGGUUGGAUGGAGCGUGACAAUCAAGAAUCUCACAGAAAAGAAGUGGCGAUUAAGAAAUUAACCCGACAAGCCUCCGAAAGGAACGGGACUCUGUAUGAAGACUUCAAAAACGAAUUGGAGAUUAUGAAGUCAUUACAACACAUUAACAUAGUAGAGAUACUGGGCUAUGCUUGGGACCAGGGACCGGAAGUUCUAAUAGUCAUGGAGUAUCUGGAAGAAGGUUCGCUUAACUACUACCUCAAAUUCCAAGGCGAAAAGCUUAGGAUAUCGCAUCUGCUCAAAUAUUGUAAGGACAUAGCAACGGGUAUGGACCACGUGUCUGCUAAAAACGUCGUGCAUCGGGAUUUGGCGACGCGGAAUAUUCUAGUGGUGAACAAAUAUCACGUUAAGAUAUCCGACUUCGGUUUGGCCAGAAUCAUUCCUAAAGAAGAAAACACGUACAGACUUAAGACUGAAAGACUGUUACCAAUUAACUGGUACGCCCCCGAGUCGGCCGUCGAGCCGUGGCACUUCUCGACCAAAAGCGACGUGUGGUCGUACGGUGUAACCGCCUGGGAAAUAUUUACACGUGCCAGACAAGAAGUUCCUAAGUUCGACGUAGAUCGGCCGAGGGAAAGAGCGUCGUGUUUUCAAAUACCCGAAGAAUGUCCCUCCGAGAUAUUCAGGUACCUCAUGAAGGAGUGUUGGGCUCUCGAUCCGAAUUUACGGCCAAGGUUUAUUGACCUAAUACACACAUGCAAGAGAUUCAUAGCGGAAUAUCAGUAAUAUUCGUAUUUUGGAUGGUAGUGCAAAAUGAAUAAUGAAGAUUCCAAAUUCAAAAACGGUCAGAAAUUUGCUUAAAUCAAUGAACAAAAUAUAUGAAGCAUCAAGGUAUUGUCUUUGAACGUAAUAGCUGUUUAGUCCUGUUAGUUCCUCGUGUGAUGUAAAGAUGGCGCUUUAAUUUUAAAAACCCUGACAAAUCCUUUUUGGAUGAAAUUUAGAUGUCAAUGCAUUUAAUGAAUACGUAAGAGACAGGUUUAAUACAUAAUACCUCAUUAUUAACGAAUCUAAUAUUUAUGCUUUAAAUAUUAUUGUAUAUAUAAAUAUUUUUUCAAUUUUUUUAACGUUCUUCUUUACCUUGAUAAUUGUUGUUUGAAAUAUCAAUGAUAUAAUAAAUUAAAUAAUCUACACAUCUUAUACAGUUUAGAACUUGAAGAUUGGUUAUCAAAAAGUUUUCUAAAGGUUAUUUAUGUUUACUGUUUAUUCUAUUCUAUUAUGUUCUAAAUUCACCUGGUGUAUCGAACGAUCCAAAACUCAGCGUAGCAAAAAGCAUGUUUUUGAUACAAUCAAAUUUCAAAAUAAAUCUUGACUUAGUAAUAAGACUUUUGAAAUGAAAUCUACAGUUUUAACUGGUUUGAAUCACUUAAAGAUUUGUAUAUCACAUUUGAACAAUGAUCUUAUUAACUGUCAAUUACCAGUUAUGAGCUUUAGACAAAACUAGUUUUAAGAAUCUAAUUAGCACGUGUGGUCUUCGAUCAUAGGUGAAUGUAUUUGUGUCGGCAUGCAAAGUUAAAUUAAUUAUUUUCUACGUAAUAAUUAUUUGCACAAACUAUCCGAUUUGUUUUUUUUUUGUUUGUGGUUCCUUGAAGCAUUUGCCUUUAGCGUAUAAAUGAGAUUUGUUUUGUAAUUUUUUUUUUAUUUUUAUUAUUACUCAUAUUUUUGCCGAAAUGUUUUAUUUAUGGUCUUAUUUUAGAACUUAUUAUUAUUUUAGUUUUGUGCAAUCAAUUUAAUUAUAGUUUUAAUUUUUAUUGUCAUUAUUUUACCGAUAUACGUUUUAUUGUUUAUAUGUUUUUAUUUUAUUUUAAAUAAGCGACGGUUAAACUUGCCGAUAUCAUAGUUCGAUACGUUUCGAAGUCAAUUUUAGUUUAAGGAAAAUGCUUAAGAAAAUAUUGUUGUGAGCUGUUUGACUAUUCAUAGGUAUCUAACGAGACAAGUGUGUCGCUAGAGAACAAAAUGAUCUAUUUAUAUUAAAUCGGUUCUGCCUCGCACUCAUUUCUCAUGUAUAAUCAUUCAAUAUAAUAUAGUCAUUCUUCGGUCCAUAAGCCAUUUUCCCGAAAAUAAACCUUCGCGACGUAAUAAUACGAUCGAAAAAACAUCGAAUUGGAAGAAGAAUUAAAUGCAACCACAGAAAUAUUAAAGUAAAGUUAUAAGAAGUUCAGAUGUAAAUUUUACAUUUGUGUGCGUGUACUUUUGUACUAUUAGUAGUACUCAUGAAACAUGUGGAAUCCGUAAAUGUAACUUGAAGUUCUCUUGACACUAUUGAAUUUUUAUUCUAACAUGAAAUGUGGAACGGGACUUUUCCUUAUAUUUGCAAAUUCCGGCGCAGACUUUUCAAAAUAGAGCAGAACAUGGUGACGUCAUCUGGGGCCAAAAUAAACAGGCUUAAGCAUACACACGCACAAUGGCUAGAUGAAAAACGAAUGUUUGAAUUAUUAGAUUUUUUGUAAAAUCUUUAGAGACAAAUAAUAAUUGAAUAAAGUUUUUUAAUUUAAUUAGCAUUAUUAACUUUAGAUCUUUUUGUUUCUUGGCGUCCGAUUGUCUUUUGAAACUCUAAAGCUCAUCGUUAUGUACUGUAGGAAAAAAAGUGACUUUAAUUUCAUAGAAUGGUUAAUCCCAUUGUUGGACUAUAGAACCAACCAAAGAUGAUAUUAAACAAUUACGUAAAGAUUAAAACAAACAGCUUUUAAAAUUAUAAGAUUAAAUGUAAUUGCAUUAUAAUUAUAUUUAUAUCAAUUAUAUGCGAUUUACUUUUGCGACAAAUAUUUUAGACUUUUAAAAGUUUUUUUUAAGGAAUAGUGUUAUUGUCUAUGGUCGUGUGAUUGUUUCAUAGAUGUUUGAAAUUAUAUUUUUUUUAUUCGUUAUUUGUAUUUUAAAGUGAUAGAAACAUGGGUGAUGUGAUUAAGACUGUAUGCGUUUGAGGGUGCUACAAGUGUAAGUGGGCCUUAAUAGAAAUGUGGGACGGAAAUGAUUUGGUUAGAAUUUUAAAAUUUUGUCCUAAGAAUGUUAUAUAGCCUCGUUUAAAAGUUUGUGAUUUGGUUAAGCAUCGACUUUGCUGAAUGCUUGGUAAACUUAAAGUAAAAAGUCUGCGAAGGACUUGGUAUUUUGGUUGAUGAUUAGCAAAUGCUUAAAACGAAUGUAUGAAUAAUCUUCACAAGGAACUUUUUUUUUACAGCUACAAAAUGUAACAGAAUCAUAUACACGAGAAGAUUUUGUCCAAUAUUAUUAACUUGUGUAACUAAAAACCGUCCUUAAAAUUAAGUGAUGUUAUAUCGGUUGAUCUGGCCCUAAUAGAUUUUUUAGCGAUGGAAAAGCAUGUUUCACCUUUUUUUCAUAUUCGAUUGCAAGUAUUUCGGCUAUUUGUAUAGAAGGGAUAAAAAAAGAUUGCGUAAAAAGGCUAUUAAUUUGGAAUAUUGUUUUAUUUGAAAAUACGUAUUUGUAAUUUGAAUACAACGAAUUUUUAAUAUCGGAUAUUUAAAUAAAAUCAUAUUAAAAAGGGAUGAGAUUAAAAUUAAGCUAUAUGUAGGUCGUAAUGUUGCCUAUUUCUCUAAAUAUAUAUAUUUACUGUGUUUCAAGAAAUUUUAAAUAAAUAAUUAAUAUCCAACGUUUGGAAUUUGAAAUGUUUAUGAAUGUUGUAAAAUAGGCUUGUUGUUAAUCUAGUAACUAUUAUAAAUGAGUUUUGAUAGAAUAAUAAGCACAACGCUUACACAUUAAGUUUGUUAUAAAUUUCACUUAAAAAUUUUUCAUUGUAACGAAAAUACGUCAAUGAAUUGACAGUCAAUUAAUUCUUGUGUAUUCUGUAAGUGUACAUUUAGGUAAUUAAUUUUAAUGUUUUGAUUGCACCAAUGCAAAAUACGAUACGAAGUUUUGGAGACUGAAUCAAUGCAGUUUUGUUGUAAACGUAAUGUUGAUCAAAUGUUUUUACGUACACGUGUGUAAAUUUUUAAAUAUCAAUUUAUUGCAAUAAAAUAUUUUAAUGGAUUUUAAGUACCUAGUUAUACUUACUUGAAUUAUUAAAAUAAUGUUCAAAAUUUAAAUGUAAAUCAAAUUCAUGUUCUGUGUCCUGAAAAUGUCAAUGGUGGUAGGACCCCUUGGGAGUCCGCACGGGUAGGUACCACCACCCCGCCUAUUUCCGCCUUGAAGCAGUAAUGCGUUUCAGUUCGAAGGGUGGGCUAGCCGUUGUAACUAUACUGAGAUCUUAGAACUUAUAUCUCGAGGUGGGUGGCGCAUUUACGUUGUAGAUGUCUAUGGGCUCCAGUAACCACUUAACACCAGGUGGGCUGUGAGCUCGUCCAUCCAUCUAAGCAAUAAAAAAAAAACUGGAUUAUAACUGUAAAUUAAUGCUACGUCAUCACGUGAGAUCGAUUUGCACAAAGGGGGUUUAGUAUAACAAAAUUAUUGACAUAAACUUUUUAAUUAUACGUUAUUAUUUUUACUUUGACCACUGUUGACGUAAAAUAUGAAUAAUUAUUUUAAAAUUGGGACAAACAAAUUGAAAUUUUGGAAAUGUGAAAGAAAUUUUUUUUGUAUUUUUAAUAGAUUUUUUUUUAAUGCAAAUGUUAUAUCAUAUGAACAAUAAUAAACUAUACAAUAAAUCCGAAAGAAACAACUGAUAGUUUAAAAAAAUCUAAUUUGGAUUGGUGUAUAAAUUAAUUGUGAUUAAUUUUAAGUGAAUUUGUUUUGUAUUGAAGACUAGGUGCGUGGUUUUGGAAAAUGUAAAACGGAUUGGAUCGUUUCAUACUCAUUUAAAGUCAUGGAAAUAUAUUUAUUUCGUAGAAAAGACUCAUCGUGCUAUUGUACAACGUAUUUAUAAAACAAUAAGGUUAAUUGUUUUUUUUAAAUAUGAACGAGCAAAUUUUUUUGCCUAUAUUUUUAUUUUAAGUCUUAACAUUUAAUCAAAGUUAAUUGAAAAAAUAAGUUAAAGGUUUUUAUUUCAUGCCAGACAGAUUGAGAUGGUACUGUUUUGUAAAAUGAUAUCAAUGUUCAAGAUAGAAUUCGUUUUACAUUAUUCAAAGCUUGACGUUUGUCCUUGUUAUUAUUGCCAUGAAAUUUUUAAAUAAAGAAAUUGAUACGUA